AUGGAACAAUACUUCACAUAUGAGGCGCGACUUGCCUCGUUCCAAAAGACCUCUAAAAAGAGGGGAUCAACAGCGGGUGGGCGUAGCAAGGCUUUGAAUUGGCCGCAUAAACAGAUUGCGCCCGCGAGUCUAGCGAGAGCUGGAUUCUACUUCGAACCAUAUCCUGAAAACCCCGACAAUUGUGUCUGCUUCCUUUGCGGAAAGGGCCUAGAUGGGUGGGAAGCUGGUGACGAUCCUCUCGAGGAGCAUCUCAAGCAUGCCCCCCAAUGUGGAUGGGCCAUAGUGUCAGCAAUUGAAGCCGACAUCGAUGAGUAUUCGAGGCAAGACCCGACCCUGCCCCAUAUGGUUGAGGCACGAAAGGCGACAUUUGCUGGAAAAUGGCCCCAUGAGGGAAGGAAAGGGUGGAAGUGCAAAACAAAACAGCUUGUUGAAGCUGGCUGGAAGUAUACGCCUACGGAUGAGUCAGAUGACAUGGCGACUUGCCCGCAAGAUCUUGACCAGAGUGUUGGAACUGACCCUAUGGCAAGCGACGAGCAUUACAAUCGAUCACCGGACUGCGCAUUCUUUGCCUUGCUCAACGAAUUCGGAGGGCCCAAGAAGAAGACUGUCCGAGGCAAGGCGGCGGGUGGAUCAAAGACUUCUCGACUAUCUAUGCAAUCAGUGGCCACGACUGCCUCUGACAUCGCGUCUGUUGCCGAUAUGACUGCAGAACCAGAGGAUAGCGUUCUCACCACUACAUCGACGGCGACACAGGGGAGCAAGAAGACUGCGAGCAAGAAAAAAAAGGUAGCAACGGCAAAAGGCAGGACUAAAACUAGGAAGGUGCAAGAAAUUGAGAAAGAAGAAGACGAUGCUGUUGAGGAAGAGCCUGUGUCGCUACCGAAAACUACAAAGGCAACCCGUGGCAAGAAACGAGCUAGUGACGCCAUGGAUGAUUCCGUUGUCUUCUUAUCCGAGGUCCCAGCGUCUAAGAAACAAGCCACACAAACCCGAGAAAGCAGUCAAAUUGACAGCUCUACCAUCACACCUGAAGAUGUCGCGUUGGUUGAUGAGCAGGCAUCGAAACCGGCCGGUCGGGCCAGGAGUUCCAGCACAAAGUCAAGCCGCAAGCCAUCUGCCCUGGGGGCAUCUAUGGCUUCACUCCGGGCACCCCUUGGAGAUUUCCCUGACGAUGAGGAGAUUGAACGCCAGCUCGAGGCAGACUUGGAACGGGCAUUGACGGAUGACGAUGAAAUUGCACACGACUCAGAAUCCGAGCGAUCGAAAGCAAUGGCUAAGCAGAAGUCAAGGGGACAAUUGACCAAUGAAGAGUUGGAAGACUACGCCAUGUUUGAUCCUGCUGAAAUUGAGCCCGAUGAAGAUGCGCUGGAUGAUGAACUUCGAAAUCUUCAAGCCGAAAUGGAGGUCGAGGAGCCAAAUCAAAAACUUCAUGUUCCUAAAAAAGGUCGCAAACCUGGAACUGGAACACGCAAAGCAUCCAAGCAGACAAAGGCGAAGAAGGCUAAAGCUCCUUCACCGUCUCCAGAACCUGAACCGGAGGCUAUUGACCCACCUUUAGAGAUUGAGGAGCAUGAAGCCAGCAUUGGGAGCACAGAUUCUGUGGUGAAGAAUACAGACACCGUAUAUUCUCCUCCGUCAAUCGAGGCCCCUCCGAGAGCUGUCAAAAAAUCGUCGGUAGCUUCAAAAACCGCAUCAAAACCUGCAGAAGAACCCGCUAUACGUGGCCGUAGACCGAACAGCACAACGGUUGAACCUAUACAACCGUCGGAAUCUACUCAGCGAAGCGAAGUCCAUGCCGAUGAUGAGGUCCCCGAGGCGGAUGGGGAAACUCGGCGACGUGGAUCUGCAGGGACGCCACAGCCUGAGGAAGCUUCAUCGCCUCUUGGGGAAGCUUCUUGGCCAGCUGUGUCCAGUUCAAGACUAGGAGUUGAGCCGCCAUCUACUCCCCCAAAGUUCACGUCACCAGCGCCGUCGGCACGCCAGCCAGCAUUGUCGCCGUCACCAUCACCGCAGUCAUCCGACGCUGAAAAUCUGCCUCCCUCAUCUAUGCCCCCGGCCAGUGCCAAGACGAGGCGCGUUGUCCUUGCGCCCGUAACGGCUACGCCGGCCCGCAACUCACCGUCAAAACGCAAUAUGCUUGCGGCCGGCUUGCAGAGUCAAAUUCCGUGGACGGCGGUGGAUAUCGAUGCAGUUAUGGGUACACCACCCCGCGGGGAUGACAAGGAAAAUGCGGUUAGCCGGCUGUUGAAGCAAGGCAAGGAACUCACUAGCCCAGAGAAGCGCAUGACGGUGGAAGAAUGGAUUUACUUCAAUGCAGGGGAGGCAGAGAAGAAACUCAAACAGGAAUGUGAGGCCAUGGUCACGCGAUUCGAGAGAGAGGGCACAAAGGCAAUGAAUGUUUUGGAGGGCCUGUCAAUAGAGUAG